AUGGACGCAGAGUCCCAGGUGGUGAUCCCUGACCUGGACGAUGAGAAUUUACUGGAUGGAUUUGAGAUAGACUAUCCGAAUGGGAUUCAUAGCCCCAGUGGAUCGCAGGCCGCGGGCCGCAUGUCGCCCUUUGCCGACGAUGCAUUCUCGCCCAGCGGCCUGUUCCGCACUGCGCCACGCACGCGCACGGGCGGGUCAGGCUCGAUGCAGUACGACGACAGCGCAUCGAUCAUAUCGAAAUCGUCGUUUCGCUUUGGCGGCUCGAUCUCGAACGCGAUGCAUUCGCCCACCAGGGCAACGGAGCGUGGUCCUACGACACCCUUCUCCUUCCCGGUAAAGAAGCCGUCGUUUGCGUCGCUGCGUGCGGCGAUCAAAGGACAGUCGACGCCCAACAAAGACGUGCCGGACCCCAUGUCCCCGUCAUUCUUCGCGCCUGCGCUUGAGCAAGAGUCGCGCCGCGGCGCACGGACGGUGCCGCACGAUAUUACAGCCGUUUCUUCGGGCCUUGCACAGGCUACAGGCAUGCGAGGCACCUCGCGCUGGCACAAGAAAUCAAGCAGCCAAACGAGCGUGGCGCCAACGGAAGCGGAUGUAUCGCUGGGCAUCACCAUUCCCUCGCGCAGUCCUUCGCGUGUACGGCCCAUGCAUGCACACCAUGGCUCUGCGCUUUCCGAGUACUCGUUGGACGGCUUUAGUAUGGCCUCGCCCGCGAGUGCGUGCGGCGCGCAAAGCGCCGACGGGCUUUCUUCGCCCUACCGCGACACGCCCCCUGCUCCCACUGACGCUGCUGGCCAGCUGCGCACGCCCAUCGUGCUGGCGCUUGAGCAAGUCGUGCGGCGCUUUGCCGCCGCCGCGAGUCGUGCGUUGGACGCGGUGAUGUAUGCGAGCCACGACGAGGAGCUCUUGCGCGUCCUCUUCCCCACAAGCGCCGAUGCCGCCGUGUUUGACGAGGUGCUCGGCGCAUUUUCGCACAUUGCGCAGCACAACAGCGCGCUCGUAAUUCGCCAUCUGCUCUCCUGGCGCGCGAUGGCCAUGGACCAGGGCCGCGCUGUAGUACGGCGCCAGCCGAGCGAGUCGACCAUCAACAGCGCGUCGAGUGGCUCGGACGACGCAUUGCAGCGGCGCAAGGCGCUCACCGUCACCUACUUGGUGUGCCGUGCACUGAUACGCGCCGUCCCGCCGCGCUCCACCGAUUUGAGCGAUGCAUUCAGCGAAGAGUUCCUCACGCUCCUCUUUCAGCUCCUGCACCUCUGCUCGAUCGAGCGCGAGAACGAGCGCGGGGGCUUGACGCGCCUGCACGCGACGCUCCAGCAGCACUGCUUUGAUACCGUGGCGCGCCUCCUUGGCGAGCUAUCGCGCGUCCGCCUGCAGCCCAUCGGCGCCCACUUUCUCUCGAUACUGCAGCAGUCCGGCGCGAUCCAUGUCACGCGCGAUCGCGAGCUACUCACGGAAGCGGCGAUCCUCGGCAUGCGGUACAUGCGCAUCACCGUGUACCCCAUGGAAGAGUUUGAGCAAGGCGCGGAGCUGUUUGCAGCGCUCAGCCGCUUUUUCGCAAACUCGCACGGCUACCGCAUCAAGCGCGCGUUUGCGCGCGUCUUGUGCGCGAUGCUCCUGCCGGUAGCCAAGACGGCGUCUGCAGAGCUGCACCACCCCCUCUGGGUGAAUGCAGUGGCGGCACUGCUCCCCAAAGCCCAAAGCAUGGCCGGGAGGAACCGGUACUGGAACGUUGCGUUUCCCCUCUGGACCGCUGCGCUGUGCGCCGCACCCCCCGACACGCUGCUCGCACAGUGGAGCGCGUGCCUCGACAUGGGCCACGCGCGCCUCAAAGAGCGCAGCAGCCGCGCGACUGUGCUCCAGUGCGCCACGCAGCUCUUUUGGGCCUAUUUGUUCCGCUGCCACGAAGGCACGAAUCCGACCACGCGGCGUUUGGAUGCCUUUUUCCACGCAUGGCUCCCGUCGCAGCGCGGCGGCAUUGCGCCCUCGGACACGCACUUGGAUCCGUACGUGGCCAUGCUCCACUACGCACUGUACCGCCAGUUUGACUAUACCAAGCCCCUGCUGCUCGCGCUGCUGUGCCAUGCCGUGCUCGAAAACAAGUCGGUCGUGCACCAGCCCGAGAUUUUGCAGCCGACCAAGAUGCGCAUCGCAAUUCGCGCCAUUGCACGCACGCUGCACUGCUACGUAGAAGGCGAAACGCCCUCUUUUCCGCUUACUGACGACCCCACAAGCCUCGCCAUGCUCGCGCCCAUCUCCCAGGGCGACGCGCCGAGCGCCCCGAUCGCCUUUCCGACGGCGCCCGCGCGCGACGCACAAGCGACAUUCAACGAGCUCAUCAGCCAGAUUGCGCUGAUCAGCGACUACCAGGUAAAAGACGUGAAUGUGUUUGACGUGCGUGUGCCCAUCGCGCGCGGCACAAACGUCCCGGCCACCCCCGGCGAUAAAAGUGCGCAGGACCGCGAGCACUAUGUGCUGCGCACGCACGCACACGGUGCAUUUACCGUGGUCUAUCCCCGCGAGCAGCAGGCGUACAUGGAUCUGCUGCGCACCUGCUUUGAUACCUGGCCGCGGUGCUUUUCUUCCGCGCUCACGCUUCCCACGGUCAUCUCGAUGCUCUUCCGCGCGCAGUACAGCGCCGAGCCCGCGCUGCAGCGCGCAAGCGCCGCGGCGCUCCUGCGUAUCGCCCACGCCGACCCACUCAACGUCGUGCGCGCGUACAUGCGCUGGGCCUUUCGCCAGGACGGCUUUGUGUGGGAGCUUGUGCCGCACGCCGACGUGCUCCUGGAAAAGAUGGUACAGAGCGCGCGCUUGUUUAUCGAGCUCCUCGAUACUUGGUGGUCGCACUACAAGCGCGCCGAGCAGGACGGCCAAGCGCGCGAGACGCUCGACGAGAUCGAGGCGUGUGCCAUGUACCUGCUCUGCACGCCCCAUGCUGCGCUCCGCGACCAGGCCAUCACUGUUUUGCGCCUGGUCACCGUCAUCCACCGCGAAACGGGCGACGCGCAAAAGACGCUGCGCAUGGUACACUUCCUCGAGCAGGAUGCCUCUGCGUACCUCGCUGCCGACGACGCCGAGCUCGGCGCGUCGCAGCGCGCCAAGAUCGAGCGCUGGCGCGCGCCGGUGCCGCUGCACCACCUCGCCGUCGCGGCUGAUACACUGAGCCACUCGCUCUGGCUGCACGCCUGGCCCCGCGUCCUGGCUGACUUUGCAGCCGCGGCGCCCGAUACCACGGCGCUAUUCCACGCACACGUCGCGAGCCGCAUCCGCGGCAUGGACCAGCAGCUGCGCCAGCAUCCGCCGCCAAGCGACUCGAUCGUGCGCGUGUUCUGGAGGACAUACAUCAUCUCGGUGUGUGCGACGGCGCCCGCGGACGGCGCGCAGCUCAUCACCAUGCUCGUGCCCUACCUCGACGAUGCACAGCUGCGCAGCACCGUCGCCACUGCGCUCGGCUGCGUGCCGCAGCCGCUGUACAUUCCUCUUCUCGAGGCCAUCGGGCCACAGGCGAUGGCGUGGAGCGCGACGUGCAUGGAGAUCGCGCGCAUCUUCUUCCUCACCGCACCGCGCAUGCCCGCCGAAGCCGCGAGUCACGUCCAGAUUUGGAUCCAGCACACGCUCGGCCUCCUGCACACCGAAGGACCCGCGCUCGAGGUGUGCCAAAUGCGCCGCUACUUUAGCGCGGUCCUCGCGCAGUACCUCGCCGUGCUGGGGCCACGCAUGGACGCGUGCGUUUCCUUGGAGAUGCGCGUGCAUCUCUUUCCCAUGGUCCACGACUGGUGCACGAUCGAGCACGGCUCGCGCCUCGCCGCACAGCUCGCCGCCGCCGCCGAGCACACCGACGUGCAGCACCGCGAGCAGGCCAUUGUGCAGCAGCGCCAGCAGCUGCACGUACUGGCCAUGUACGCCGAGCGCGCACUCGCCGCGCUCUGCGCGGGGCCGCUGGCCAAGGACGACCUCGCUUUUGAUACCCCCGCCGUGCUCGCAUGGAUCGGCACGCUGCUAGCGUCGCCGCAUCCCACGUCGUGUGCGCGCGGCCAAGACACCGUGCGCGCGAUGCUCUUGCACAACCCCGGCUACGCGCCGCUCCUCGACGGCGUCCUUGCGCAGUCGUACCGCGACAUCGGCACGCCCAGCGCGUCGCGCACCAUGUUUGCCGUGCUUGCGCAGGAGCGCGGCGCACAGCUGCUGGAUGGCCAAGCGCUCGCCAUUGCCCUCGUGCAGCUGGGCCACGCCGAGGCCGCGAUGCGCGCACACGCACUUGCCCUGCUCGACGCGCGCGCGCCGGCACUUGCGAUGCCGCACGCCGUGCGCGCGACAAGCGCGCAGCCCUCGGCAUACCUCGACGCACAGCGCGCCAUUGCGGCGCUCGCGGCCGAGCACCACGCGCCCGCGCGCGAAGCGAUUGUCGGCGAGCUUGUCGUGCGCAUGGCCGAGAUGCCGCACGGAUCGCACGGGCCGCUCCUGUCUGUGCUCGCGCCGUGGCUUGCACACACGCCACUCUCCCUUGCGCCGCUCGAGUCCGUGUCGGAGGAGAAGCCGUACGUACAGGACACCUCGCUGCACCUCUUGCCGAGCACCUUUGCUCUGCUCACGAACCUGGCCACGCUCACGCUGCUGCACUGCAGCGACUACCCCAUGCAGGUGCGCACGAUUUGGGAGUAUCUGCUCGGGACGUCGCACCGGAACGCGAGCGUGCUGACCUCUUUUCUUCUCCACAGCACGCUCCACUUCCAGCACACGCGGCUCCUUGCCACCGCACAGUACAUUGUAGCGUGCAUCGACGAGAAGAACAUUCGCGCGGCGCUCCUGUCCAAUCUGUGUGCGCACCUCGCGCCGAGCGCCAUGAUCGUCCAGCGGGGAAGCCCUGUGGUCGCGACGCCGCCCACGUCGAGCAUCGCGCGCAUCGAGCGCCACAUUCCCGCGCAAGCGGCCGUGCUCUGCCCCGCGCUCGUCGCCUUUCUCUUGCUGAGCGAGUGUGUGUCGCACGACGACGCACUUAUCGCGAAUCUUCCCCGCGUGCUCCACGUCCUGUGCGUGCACCUCGACGGCGUCCCCAACGGACUGCAGCGCGCGGUGCGCCACGCCGCCGAGCAGAUCCUCCGCGCGGCCGGGCAAAACAAUUCCGCGCUCCACGCCGCACUCGCGGCCGUGCACGAGGCCAUGGCGCACAAGGAGGCGCCCGCGCGCCAGCACGUCGUCCACGCGCUCCUCGCACUGGGCGGGCCGAUGCUGCGCGAGACAUGGGGCAAAGAGGCGCUGCACUGGGCCGCGACGUGCCCAGUGCGCCGCGCCGCGUGCUGUAGCUUUGAGGUGCUGCGCGCGCUGCACAUGCCUCUGCAGCCGCCCAUCUUUGCCGAGCUCGUCGCGCGUCUCGCCGGGACGAUUGCGAAUGCCAGCGUGGAGAUCCAGGCGUACGCAAUCCAAGUGCUCAACACGCUCCAGACCAUGGCGCGGCACACCGACCGCCUCCCCCUUACCAUCCUCGCGGGCGUUUUCUGGGCCGCAUGCGCUGCCGCAUCGACCACGGUCGAGGCCGAGUUUCCCAUCGUCCUCACGCUCUUGAACACGGUGCUCGAUCGCGCGGACUUGAGCGACCCGCGCACCGCGCAUGUUCUCCUGGCGCAGCGCCCGCCCACCUGGGACGCCGCCACGCCGAGCCUGCAGCGCUUGAUUGUGCGGGGAAUGCGCAGCGAAAUGCACAGCCAAGCAUCAUUCGCACUCCUCAUCCGCUUUGCCAGUAUCGACGCGCGCCUCGUCGCGCAGAAUGUGCAGGAAGGUGUAGCUAAUUUGCUUGCGGCGGGCCUGCCGUGGUGCAUGCAGGCCGUGGAGCUGCGCACGGCCUGCACGCACGGCGCGGAAUUUCACUCGCUCGAGCCGGCCACCGUCGACGCGUUCGGCAAUGCACUCGCGCACCUCGCCGAGCUUGCGCAACGGCCGGACAUUGCGCGGAUCGCAACCUCGAUCGCGCGCGCGCGCUUUCGGAGCCACGAGGAACUCGCGCGCCAAGCGGCAUCGUGCCUCGUGCACAGCGUCACGAGCCAGCAGGUGCAUGCGACGCAAGUGUGCCGCUUGUUUCUCGAUCUCUUGUACGGGAGCCACACGUGGGUGUCGCGCCAGACGCUGCGUGGCCUCUCGGCGUACCUCGCCGCGCUCCGCACGCACGGCGAAGACCAGGCGCUUGUGCCGCUCGGCGCACAGCUGAUGGAGUCGCUGCUACGGCUGCUGAGCACGCCGCUUGCGCCGCUUGCGCUGCAUGUGCUGGACGCGUCGCCAUUGGCACACCAUGCGCCCCACGAAGAGGCCGCGCCGCAUCUUCGCGCGCCGCCACUCGCUGGGUGGGGCGCCGCAAGUGCACGCGAAGAUGCGGUGCGCACGCGAACGAAUAUGCACGCACUUUCGUGCGCAUGGGACGCCUCGCUCGACACGCAGCCCGAGCGGGCAUCUGUUUCGGACGCGAUGCCGAACGCAGCGCUGGGCGAUUUGGCGUCGCAGCUCGACGACUUGGCGAGCUACUUUGGCCAGGACGAUGCCGAGCAUGCGGGGCCGCGGCAUACAGAGCACGUCGCGAAAAUCCUCGCGCGGUCGAUGUAUAGGACACGCGACUCGGUCUUGUUUGCCGCUGCGCCGCCGCCGCCGGAUGCAGCGCCCGCAGAGACUUUCCACGGCGCGGAUACCGCCAGUGGCCCAGCGAUGCGCGCGCCUGACCCCGCUUCUCUCCCGCAAACGCUCCACGGCCCCUUUUGCGGCGGCGCGGAAAAAGACGAUGCACCGGUGCUGCGGCACUGCGAUUCGAGCUAG